AUGGCGCAGGUGGGUACUACUUAUUCUCAAAGAGAAUGCAUCGGAUUCCCCUGAUGACCGCAUUAAUUCGUUUUCCUUCCUGCGUGUGUAUUGCCAUGCCAGGCGGGCCGGACUCUGACCCUCACCCAUGCAUUGGGCUUCAGCAAAGGUGAACAACGAACGCAUCUCUAUCGACACUCUCUUGAACCACAGUCCAUCCAUCCUCCAUCCAUCCAUUUCGUCAAGUUUUGCUCUCUUGGUUCGUUUGAUUCAGAUGGCCCCUCAGCCGUAGCCUUUGUCAAUGAUAGCACCCUCGUAUACUCGCUGGGGUCCGUGUGCGUCCUCGCCCCAAUCAGCCCACACACAGACACGCACUCGUCGUCACCCACCAGACCGGCCAAACCACAACCGCAGACCGCCGCCUCUCCCUCCUCACAGCCACAGCAACAGCGGUUCUUCCGAGGCCACUCCGAGGCCGUCACCUGUCUGGCCUACUGCCCUUCGGCCCAUGUGUGUGCGUCCGCUCAGCAGAGGGGCUCUCGCAGCAAGCCGUUCAUCCUUCUCUGGGACCCCACCGACCACUCCAUCCGCGCCAAGCUCUCGUCGCUGCAGGGCGACUUCCACUGCCUGGCCUUCCUAAAGGUGGCGGAGGGCAUCUCCCGCCUCCUCACGGUGACCGAUGACCGGGAGCACACCCUCUCCGUCUGGCAGGUGCCGUCCCCAGGACGGUCCGUCCGCUGGAUGGGCGGCGAGGGGGGAUCGGCGAGCCCACAGCCGCUCAUCCAGCAGCCGGCCUUUCGGGAUAGAGUGGAGGGGGUGGUAUGCGAGCCUGCUGCUGCGGGGGGUGGGGGCGGGGGAGUAUAUGUCGGUGGUGGUGCGGGGGGAGGAGGGGGUGAGGGGUCGCAUUGUGUGCGGUUCGUGACGUUUGGGACGAGCCACUUGAAGUUCUGGACGCUGAGUAGACAUCGCCCGGCGCUCACACAGAGGAGGGGCGCGUUCACGCCAGGUGGGUGAGGGACAAGGGGUCAGGGGUCAUAAUAUCAUGACUGUGUUGGGGUGGUGGUGUUGAUGCACAGGUUUGGCAGUAGGGGAGACGGUGACGUGUGUAGCCUAUCGUCGGAACAAGAGCGGGCAGGUCGUGGCCGCCACCUCAGAGGGCCGCGUAUUCUUCUUCACAGACAUCGCCGCCACACGGUAAUGUUCAGCAACGACAGAGACCUCAUCUGCAAGAUACAUACCCACCCCUUGUCUGUCCUUCGCUCUCUGCCAUCCAUCCAUUCCAUCAGAUUUGUCAGUGUGCGUCCGGGUGUCCCGCUGCGCGCCCUCCUGCCGCUCCGCAGCUGCCUCCUGGUGUGCACACAGGACGCCUCGGUGCUCUCGCUGACCGACACUUUUCCAAGGCGUGAGACCAAGUUGCAGAUCCAGGAGGGCCUCACUGGCGGCCGGGCGGUGGAGGUCACAGGCGGGGUCAUCCUGGGGGAGCAGGUGGCGCUGCUCACCAGCUGCGCCAUCCUCACCAUGGACGCCAGGAACGUCUCAAAGGCCAAAGUCGUGCAGGUGGGUAAAAUGGGAGGAGGACAAGAUGGAGCCCUGUCAAGGUCACUCUUGUGUUUGCAUGCCGCCAUUGGCGGAUGGAUGGGCGGAUCGGUGGGUGCAGGAGCGUCACUGGGGCUAUGUGCACUGCGGCGUGGCCCACCCGCAGCUGCCGAUCCUCUACACAGGGGGCGGCACACCCAACGGUGGAGAGGUCAAGGCCUGGCACAUCAGCACUGACACGCCACAAGGUACGUCCGUCAGUCAACCCAACACACACAAACACACACAAACACACAACAUAACCAACGCCAUAUCUCCUUCUAUGGUCAUUCAUUCAGGCCGGAGCAUUUUCCUCCCCGCCCCAGUGACGUGCCUCGCCAUCUCACCCCCAUGGCCGGUCACUCUCCCCGACCCUCUCACAGGCUCGCCACCGCCCUUGACCUCACCCGGCCCUUCUGCUGCUGCUGGCCAGCAGGUCUGCCUUCUGCUGGCGGGCGGGUCGGACGGCGCCGUGCGGGUGCUUGUGUGGGAUGAGCACACCGGCAGGAAAGACGUCUCGUUCGAGAGGAAUCUCACCAACACACGUGAUGAAUGGAUGGAUGGCACGGAUGGCCGGAAAAGGGCGGGCCUUGUUUCGUUCUUCGUUAUUUGUGUGUGUUCUUUGUUUGCAGCGACUGUGUUGACGUGUGGUGCCUUUUCGCUCAACGGUCACUGGAUGGCCGUGGGGGCGGCCGACGGCGCCAUCCACACAUUCGCCCUGGGCAACACGGGCGUCCUGGAGGACGGGACGAUCGACGUGCAGCGGGGGCCGGUGUGUCGCGGCAUCGUAGGGGGCGUGAGGGCCAUGCAGUUCGCCAAUGUGAGGGACGCUGACCAGAGGAAACAGGUGAGUGGCUGGGUGGGCGGAGAGAGAGAGAGUCCCAAGACCAGCACAGCACAGCACACACUCGGUUCGCUCCUACUUACUGGUCGUCAGGUUGUGGUAGCUGUGGGUGACGAUGGGGGAGUGCUGUGUUUUGCCGUUCCUGGAGGCCACCGGAUCGCUGACAACCCCCAGGUGGGGUGGGGUGGGUCCAACCCCACCACACCACACGAUGACCUACCUGUGAAUGUCAUUCACCGUGUUUGUUUGUUGCAGAUGCGUGGUUGGGGUUUCGAUCAGUGGCAGCUGCCCAAGGGUCCCCCGGUGGCCGGCUACUGGAGCGAGCCGGCCCUCUUCAGGCAUGAGGGCGCCCUGGUGGACAACCGGGCCUCCCAAGAGGCGCAUCACGACCACCCCCUCAAACACACAAGGGUACUCGAGUGGGCUGGGCGUCAUGCAUCGCAUCUCUCUCUUUAUGCCUGCCUCCAUUUUCCUUGUUGGGUUUCUUUGUGUCUGACAGGGUGUGUUGCCUCACCGCCUGUUCAUGCAGGGCAAGGGGCCCACCCGCCAGACCGUCCUCAUCGCUGACACAGAUAGCAGAUCGGUAGGUACAAGACAAAGAAAGCCACACACACACACAUACAGUGUCACUUCUUUGCACCGUCCCUUGUGUGUGCAGCUCUUUCUCGCGCCGUUUCCCCACGCCCAUCCGUCCACAUCAUCGCUGCCCCCGCGGCCCCGCCACAGCCGCCCAUCGACGGCGCCAUACGGACUCGACCACGAGGAGCAGCACAAUGGGGCAGCCACGGUGACCAUGGAUCAGCGGUGCACGACACCACACGACCAACUGGAGCGUGUGACGUCGCCCCACACGUCGCCCGUGACGGCCGCCUUCUUCGACUGCUCGGGCGAGGUGGUCUGCACGACGUCGCACGACGGGGCGGUCUUCCUCUGGACCACCACAGGCACACCCAUCAAGAUGCAGCCACCAUCGCCACAGAAGGGCGGUGCGACCCUUCGCCCAUCGUCUGUCCCAUUGGCGGCACUCCCACCCCCUCCCCCUGAGGGCAGCAAGCCGCCCCCUGCCCCUCCCCGCCCAUCCGCCCCACCUGCGCCGCCCCGCUGGAAGGUGACCACACGGCAGAAUGUGGAGACCUGGAGCAGGCCAAUCUCACCGGUAACCAAGGGCGGCCGGCGGGCGAUGACUCCAUUGGCCUCAUACAAGAUGCACCCCGGCCAUCAGUCUGGCGGGCCCUCAUCGCGCCAGGCAACACCAAUGCGGCAGAAGAGGAGCAGUGGGACACCUGAGAGGGAGGGGGGCAGAGGGAGAGGGAGGGAGUUGGCGACGGCGAAGCGCGCGGUUGCGGUGCCGCAGCGGGAGCUGGACGAGGUGGCGGUGAUGACGCAGAAGAGGCUCAAGGAGAUAGAGGCCAUCAAACAAUUCACGGUCGUCGAGCCACCGCCACCGCCAACGGAGACUCACGGCGAGCAGCAGCCCCACCAGCCCCACCAGCCCCCCCAGCAGCAGCAGCAGCAGCAGGAGGACAAGCAAGAGGCCAAGACCGAGACAGACAAGGACAAAAGGGCGGCAGAGAAAGAUAAGGAGACACCAAAAGAGACCAUUGUGCCUACCAUGCAGCAGCCUGAGGCCCCCAUCACCAUCCCGCCCAUGGACGGCAAGCCGAUCAUCCUGGAGCCACCCGCCCACACCCACACCGCCACGGGCAAGAAGAAGGCCAUCGGUCGCUCGCCGUCCGAGCGCACCCUGCCAGUGUGGUAUGGUGGGGCCAAUGGGUGGACGGACGCCCGGCCGUCGCGUGAGGUGCUGAGCAAGCGCAUGGAGGAGAUCUCUCGUUUGCCGCCCCAAGCCAUGAGCCGCAGGCAGCGGCUGAUAGAUGAGGUCGGUAGCCCGGUGGGAGAUGGAGGGGAGGGCAUGGUGAGUGUGUGUAUCGCUGGUGUGGUGGCUGCGGUGCGAUGUGUGCGCAGGAUAACCAGGCACCGAUCAAGAUAGGGCAUGAGGACGAUCCCGUGAGGGGCGGGCGGUCCAAAACUCCACCGUAGACAUGAACACACACACACACGCACACACAAGAAAACGCCAAAGCAUGCCGGCGUGGGUAGAUUCGUGUGUCUGUGUGUGCUCUAUGGUGUAGGCGUCGCGUGUUUUGGGACGAUGCCAAGCAGAACCACGACGCGAAUCGCCAGGCGUCGCGGCUCUUCAGGCAGAGGUAAGCAGACCCCAAACCCAAACCAUCCACACACUCACUCUCAGCAUGCCAUGCACCACAUCCAUCCAUCCAUCCAUCCAUCAGGUCAUACGGUGAUACGACACGUGACCUCUUCCACCCCAAUGGGUAUUCGUCGGCUCCCGUCGUCCUCGGCACCGCUGUCACCGAUGCCAAGGCUAGUGAACAUCCCUUUGUCGUGCGGUCGGGCGAGAAGGACGGCUGCUACCAUAUCGACGCCAAACUGCCCGGUAGGCACUCAAUGCAACGGACCAACGUAGUCUUUGCUAGAGACACAAGUGGAGUGCCUACGUGUGUGUUUUGCAGGCGGCAUGUUGACGACGGCCAUAUCGAACCCUCGGACGAAAUGUCUGGAAGUGACGGGACAAAUCAUAAAACCAUCAAGUACAGAGAGACGCACUCAUCCAGAUGGCGCACAGCGCCCCACACUGGGACGGCCCACCUCUGUACGUCUCUCUCUGUCUGUCUGUUUGUUAUGCAGCCCCCGGUGUGCAGCCGCGGCAGCAGCAGGCGCCCUCGAUCCACGCCACCUCGAUCCCCAUCCCCGCCGCCUACGACUCGUGCCACCCACACAUCGCCAUCCACACAGACCCCUUCAACGGCCACUGCGUCGCCCGCAUCCCACGCAAGAUCGUCAGGACGCCCUCGCCGCUUCCAGAUGACCCCGUCACCAGCAACAACAACAACAGCAAUGAUAGGCCGGGAGGGGUGGGUGUGGACACGCAGGUGGAGGAGUACACCUUUGGGCAUUACGAGCCGCCCAGGGGGGCGGUGAUUGGGGAGAACUGACGGACGGACGAUAUGACACACACACACACACACACACGGAGAGAGAGAGAGAGAGAGGCG